ACAUCCGGUUCAGAGGUUGUGUUGUCAAGAUGUCUGUCCAUGAUCAGCUCGCUCAAUGUUUGUGUGAUUUAAUAAGGUUGCUGUGGACAUUGCUACUGCCAUGCUUGUUUCUGUGUGUGCUCCUGACCGCCGUCCUGAUCGCGCUGGUCAUGAGUUUGCGCGUUUGGCUUCAGGCGAACAGGAAUGCGCGGCGCGCACGAGACGGCCGCCCCACGGUGGCCUUCUUUCACCCAUACUGCAACGCCGGUGGCGGCGGAGAGAGAGUCCUUUGGUGUGCCCUCAGAGCUUUGCAGAAUAGGUACCAAGAUGUCAACUUUGUGGUGUACACAGGCGACCAGGGCGUGACAGGUCCACAGAUUCUGGAUGGUGCACGGAGGCGUUUCAAUAUCCUUCUACCUCGACCUAUCCACUUUGUCUUCCUCAAACACCGCCUGUUGGUUGAGGCCAGCCUUUUUCCCUACUUCACCUUGAUUGGUCAGAGUGUGGGCUCCAUCUUCCUUGGUUGGGAAGCCCUUACAGAAUUUGUCCCAGACGUCUACAUCGACUCCAUGGGUUAUGCUUUCACCAUGCCUGUGUUUAAAUACCUAGGAGGCUGUCACGUGGCUAGCUACGUACACCAUCCAACCAUCAGCACGGACAUGCUGUCUGCUGUGAGCGAAAGAAAUCCCAGGUUGGACAACCCAGACUCCAUCUCCAACAACCUGUUCCUGAGCGCCGUCAAGGUCGUCUACUACUGCAUGCUCGCGCUGCUCUACGGUCUGGCCAGCUCCUCCAGCGACGUGGUCAUGGUCAACUCCAGCUGGACCCUGGAACACAUCCUGACCCUGUGGCGCGCGCCAAACCGCACCUGCCUGGUCUACCCGCCCUGCGACACACAAGCCUUAGUGCAGCUCCCGUUGGACGAGGACUCGGGCAAGAAGUGUCAUUCCAUCGUCUCCGUCGGUCAGUUCAGACCGGAGAAGGACCACCGGCUCCAGAUACGUGCCUUCCGGAAGGUGCUGGAGCGGAAGGAGGCGGGGCCAGAUGGGAGGGAGUCGCUGAGGCUGGUGCUGAUUGGCGGAUGCCGAAACCGAGAGGAUGAGGAUAGGGUGCUGAUGCUGAGGGGGUUGUGCCAGGAGUUGGGAGUGGCAGACAGGGUGGAGUUUAAACUUAAUGUGCCCUUCGAGGAGUUGAAGAGGGAGCUGGGGGAGGCAACGGUGGGACUGCACACCAUGUGGAACGAACACUUUGGGAUAGGGGUGGUGGAGUGCAUGGCUGCCGGAACGGUCAUGGUGGCCCACAAGUCCGGAGGCCCCAAGCUGGACAUCGUGGUACCCUACGAGGGAGGUCAGACGGGCUUUCUGGCUGAGGACGAGGACGGUUUUGCCGACGCCAUGGAGCGGAUCCUUGCCUUGUCGCCAUUGGCCCGCCUAGAGAUUAGACGCAACGCCCGUCUCUCGGUCGCCCGCUUCUCCGACCAGGAGUUUGAGAACUGCUUCCUGGCCGCCAUGGAACCAGUCAUGGGGACGUUGGCGUGAAGAGGCAGGAGUAUGGGUGGCAGACUGGGGGUGGGCUUGGGGGGGUGAGGUGUGUGGAACGUUUGUGUUUGUGCUGCCUGGAUGCAGGUGUUUACGUGCACAAGAACGACCUUGCAACAAAAGACAGAUGCUUUUCUUGACACGUCUGGCCAAUUUCUUUUUAGGAGCCUUUACUGUAUGUUUAGUUUUCAAGACCCAUUCCAUUAUUGUACUUUAAUGCGUAAAGGUCUUUGUGUAUAACCUUCUUCCUGGACUCUGCUAGUGGAUAUAGAUGGUAGAGAGGAUCAGUUGCCAACUGUGAACUUAGUAACGUUCCAGUUUUUUGUUUGCAAUCAAUCUAACUACAGAUCUCUGAAGAUCGCUAUAUCACAAAAAACAAUGGGUUCCUGGAAUGGGAAACAUCCAGGGGUUGCGAUAGAAUAUAUUGGGCAGUGCAAUGACGACAAACCAUUUCCCAAACCUGAUGGUGAAUGUGCUGUUAUAAUGGUGUGGUUAUUUAAAGUUAUUUAAACAUUC